UCCUGGAAGGAUCGCAUCGUGGAUAACUAUGAAGGAAAAGUCUUUCUUUUGUCUUUUUCAAUGAUUUUCUACCAGCCCCCCUGAGUCGCUCGGAGGGACAUAACUUGCCACCAACAUGAUUUGGGGUGUUUUGUUAUGCUGCCUUCUGACACCGGCUGCUGGAUAUCAAACACAGGAGCGACUGCCUUUCUUUCACGGGCAUGUUUUUGAGAACUCCCCGGCGGCUUCUAAAGUCAACGGACUGAGCAUUCCGGUGAGGCGCAUCAACGCGCAAAAAUGGUGCCCAGUCUCCGGGAUGCACUUCAAACUGUACGGGAACGGCAGCGAAGAUUUCCGCGCCUUCGCCCACCACAAGCGGGGGAAUAUAUUGCUGAAAACUUCCAGGGUUUUAGACCGAGAGGCUCGCGAAGAUUACCUGCUGAGCGUGGGUCUGUGUUGCCAGACCUGCGUGUCGGAGUCUGUCGUCUUCGAGGUUGCGUCGGUAAAAGUGGACGUUUUGGACACCAACGAUCACGAGCCGACUUUUCGCAGUGCAGACACCGUGCACAUAACUUUAGAUGACACCACCGCGCUCCGUAGUGUGGUUUACAGGCUGGAGGCUGUCGACGCAGACAGCGGCAACAACGCAGAGUUGACAUACAUUUCAGUCCCCAAAAAUGGCAGUUUCUAUGUUGUCCCAAAAACAGGGGAAGUUUUGCUGGUUGACUCUAUCCUGGGGCUCCCAUCUGAAGUCAGAUUCUAUGUUUUUGCCAGGGACCACGGAUGGCCCCCUCUGGCCAGUAAAGGUGUAGUGGUUACUAUUGCUCCACAGCGGUGGGCGACGCGUCCUGCUGAUAUAGCGGGGUCAGGAAGGGGGGGACGGUCGCCGAGGGCUUUGCUUGACCCUGGCACGGUGGUUUCCCUCAACGUGUCUGAAGAUGCCAGCAUAGGCUCGGUCAUAACGAGCUUCAGUCCCGCCAGGUUUCAGUCAGCCGCCUACGAGUUGGUUUACCCGGAGUCAGAGAGCUCUCCGGUCACCGUGGGGCGCGACAGUGGAGAUAUCACCAUAAGCAGGAGGCUGGAUAGGGAGACAGAGCCUUUCCUGGAGCUCACUGUUAAGAUUCAGGAUAAACGAGGCCCAGACUGGUACCUGAACAAGGUGAAGCUGAAGAUCACUGAUGUCAAUGACAACGUCCCUGAGUGGAAUAUGAAGCCGUACCCUUACCUGGCUGUAGUGUCCCCCGAGGCCCCCGCGGGAACGUUUGUCUACCAGCUCCAGGCUCAUGAUGGGGAUGAGGGCAAAAGCGGAGAGGUGGAAUACUUUUUGUCGGAUGGUGGUGACGGCUGCUUUGCAGUGGACAAGAAGACAGGCCAGGUGGCGACCACAGGGCUGGUGCUUCAGAGGGACAGAGAGUACUUAUUAAGCGUGGUGGCCCUUGACGGCCUGGGCAGCCGCAGUGCCCCUGCCAUGCUCUCUGUGGUGGCAGGAGCCAGAGCGCCGCAGUUCACCAAUACUAGUUACGCCAUCUCCAUACCAGAGAACACGCCUGAAGGACAGCCCUUCCUGGCAGUGCUUGCCAUUUCAUUCCAGAAGCAGCCAAUCAGCUACAGCCUGCUGAUCAAUCCCAGUAGCCUUUUCAGCAUCCGGCAGGAGACGGGGGAGAUAAGUCUGACCAGGACGCUCGAUUACGAGAGUGACCAGCGACGCUACCUGCUGAUGGUGCGAGCCAGCGAAGAGCCCGGGAGCCUCAGCACUGCCACAGAGGUUCAGGUGUUGAUAACGGAUGAGAAUGAUUGUGUCCCAGAGUUCCUCCAAUCCAUCUACAGUGUGGAUGGAGUCCCUGAGACUGUAACCACGGCAACGUCCCUGCUGCAGGUGCUGGCCACGGACUGUGACUCGGGGUUAAACGCUGAGCUCACCUAUUACACCCUGAGUCCGGACUUCAGCAUUUCUCCCCAUGGGACCGUUUUCCCUGCAGGCCGGCUGGACUACGAGAGGCCUAACCAUCUGUAUGAAUUUGUGGUGAUGGCGACGGACAGCGGGGAGGAGCCUCACUCUGGCACUGCCACGGUCCGUGUGAGGAUGGCAAACAUCAACGACGAGGCCCCUGAAUUCUCCCAGCCUGUAUAUCGAACGUUUGUAUCCGAGGACGCGGGCCCAAACACCCUCGUCGCCACAGUUCUGGCCAAAGACCCAGAUGGGGACGGUAUAAUCUACUCCAUAACGGCAGGAAAUGAGGAAGGAAACUUCGUCAUCGACAGCCAGAAAGGGUUGAUUCGUCUACGCUCCACUCCCCUGCCCAAGCUUCAAGGCCUGGAGUACAUCCUGAAUGUAACGGCCACAGAUGACAAUGCGUCAGGCGGGCCACACCCUCUCUUUUCCACCGCAAGAGUCGUUGUGGGAGUUGAUGAUGUCAACAACAACAAACCUGUAUUUGAGGAGUGCCAGCGAUAUCGUGAGCAAGCUUCAGUGCUGGAGAACCAGCCAACGGGGACUUUUGUGUUGCAAGUGCAUGCAGUGGAUGCAGAUGAGGGAGCAAAUGGAAAAGUCAAAUAUGGCUUAAUGCACAGAGACAGCGCCAUGCCCGCCUUCAGAAUUCAUCCAGACACAGGAGUGAUUGUGACAGCCAGACGCUUCGACAGGGAGCGACAGAGAGAGUAUUCAAUUACAGUAACGGCCACUGAUUGGGCAGAGGAGCCGCUCAUUGGCAUCUGUCAGCUCACUGUCCAAAUACUGGACCAGAAUGAUAAUAGCCCCAAGUUUGAGAAUUUGCGCUACGAGUACUUUCUGAGAGAAGACACUUUAGUCGGUACCAGUUUUCUUCGCGUGGCAGCUCACGAUGACGACUUUGGAACUAAUGCAGCUAUCACUUACUCCAUGUCCCUGGAGCAGCCUGAGUAUCUGCGGGUCAACCCUGUCACCGGAUGGGUCUACGUUAACCAGCCCAUAUCGCAGAGGACCUAUAUCACACGGGACAUCGUAGCGACCGACGGGGGAAACCGGAACACUUCUGUGGAGCUGGCAGUGACCAUCACCAACGUGAAGAACCAGCCUCCACAGUGGGAGAAGGAGAGCUACAGCGUCAUCAUCCCUGAAAACACCGCCAGGGACACACCAAUAGUGACAAUUAAGGCGACUUCUCAGCUGGGGGAUCCAAGGGUGACCUAUAACCUGGAGGAUGGGAUGGUCCCAGAAACCAACAUGCCAGUUCGUUUCUACCUUUCCCCCAACCGCGAAGACGGCUCCGCGUCUAUCCUUGUGUCCGAGCCGCUGGACUACGAGACCACACCUGUCUUCUCUCUCCGGGUUCGAGCGCAGAACGUGGCCGCGGUGCCUCUUGCAGCUUUUACCACGGUUUAUGUCAAUAUUACAGAUGUCAAUGACAAUGUGCCAUUUUUCACCUCCUCCAUCUACGAGGCCUCGGUCACAGAGGGAGCCCAGAUAGGAACAUCGGUUCUCCAAGUGUCUGCCCAUGACAAAGACCUGGGUCUAAAUGGAGAGAUCACUUACUCUCUGCUGAGUGACAGCAGUGGUGACCACCAUCUGUUCCGCAUAGACCCGAAACUAGGGAUCAUCUACACAGAAGCAGUGUUUGACCGUGAGGCGCGCAGCUCCUAUUUGCUGGAGGUUCAGUCGGAAGAUGGUCAGGAAUCGGCGCGACCGGGGAAGAACAAGCAGCCCAACUCAGACACAGCGUAUGUGAGGGUUUUCAUCAGCGACGUCAACGACAACAAACCAGUCUUUGCUCAGCGACUGUAUGAAGUCGGUGUCGACGAGAAUGCAGAUGUGGGCCUGGCUGUUGUCACUGUUAGUGCUAAUGACGAGGAUGAAGGAGCCAAUGCCAAGCUGCGCUACCAGAUUACAUCUGGCAACAAAGGUGGUGUGUUUGAUAUCGAGCCAGAGGUGGGGACGAUCUUCAUUGCCCAGCCUCUGGACUAUGAGCAGCAGAAGAGAUACAAGCUACUGGUCCUCGCCUCCGACGGGAAGUGGGAGGACUAUGCAGCCGUAGUGGUUACUGUGGUCAAUAAGAAUGACGAGGCACCCGUGUUCUCCAUGAAUGAGUACUAUGGAUCUGUCACAGAGGAGCUUGACGGGUCACCAGUGUUUGUACUGCAGGUGACAGCCACUGACCCGGACAAAGACGCAGACCAAGGCGCCAUACGAUAUUCCAUUCAUGGCCAAGGGGCAGAGUCACACUUCAUGAUCAACGACAUCACGGGGGAGAUGUACGCCCAGCGCACCAUGGACCGAGAGGAGCGUGCCGUCUGGCGCUUUGUUGUCAUGGCGACAGAUGAAGAGGGCGAGGGGCUUACUGGCUUUACGGAUGUUAUUAUCAACGUGUGGGACAUCAAUGACAAUGCCCCCGCCUUCACGUGUGCCCCUGAUAAUUGCCACAGCAGUGUGGCGGAGAACUCCCCUCCUGGAACGAUUGUUGUGGAAAUGACAGCGGUAGACCUUGACGAUGCAGCUGUAGGUCAGAACGCAAUCCUCACGUACCGGAUUACAGAGAAUGUGCACAACGCAAACAAUGCAGACCUUUUCACUAUUGAUUCCAGCACUGGCACUAUAUCUGUGGCAGCAGAGGGUCUGGACCGGGAGUCCGCUGGCAGCCACCAGCUGGUAGUGGAGGCCCGGGAUGGCGGGGGUAUGACAGGUACAGCCACUGCCACUAUAGUGGUAACAGACAUCAACGACCAUGUGCCAAAGUUUAGAGAGGACCGCUGUAGUGCUCGUGUGCCUGAGAGCACUAAUGAAGAUGCUCCCAUUCUGGAGCUGAGUGCUGUGGACCCUGACGCUGGCACAUAUGGACAGCUGGCCUUCAGUGUGGUGGCAGGAGACCCGGAGCAACGAUUUUAUAUGGUCAGCCACAGACUGGAGCAGAUGGGCACUUUGAGACUGAAGAAGAAGCUGGACUUUGAGAAGCCAGGGGAGCAGCGGUUUAACCUUACCAUCAAGGUGGAGGACUCUGACUUCUCCAGCUUCAUCCACUGUCAGGUUCUAGUAGAGGAUGAGAAUGACAAUGCCCCUGUGUUCACCCCGAUUUCCCACCUGCUCUCCCCUUUGCCCGAGGACGUAACUGUAGGAACCAGCAUCAUUCAGGUUGCAGCCACUGAUUCCGACUCAGGCCUGAAUGGGGACAUUUUGUACAGCAUUCUCCCUCAGUCUGACCCAGCUGGACAUUUUACAGUCAGCCGAGCUGGUGUGGUCACAGUUGCCAGGCCACUGGAUAGGGAGACGGUAGGAGGUUAUGAGCUGGUUGUCAUGGCGACAGACCGGGGUACCCCGACACUGACUGGCAGUGUCACGGUCCAGUUGCCGCUGCUAGACAUGAAUGACAACGGGCCAGAGCUGGAGUCAGCCUAUACUCCUGUGCUAUGGGAGAACAGUCCAGCACCUCAAGUGGUCUGGCUCAACAGGAGCUCAACUCUGCUUCAUGUUGUGGACAGAGACUCCCCAGAGCACGGGCCCCCGUUCUUUCUCUCCCUGCCCUCAAUUUACUCCGUGGACUUCAACCUGCAGGAUCACGGGAACGGCUCUGCCACGCUCACUGCCCUGCGGAGAUUUGACAGGGAAAGGCAGAGCGAGUUCCACUUGCCGGUGAUCAUGACCGACAGCGGCGAUCCACCAAUGACAGCCACAAACACGCUCACCAUCACUAUUGGCGACCAGAAUGAUAACGCCCACCAGGCAGGAGAGAAAGAUGUCUAUGUGCAUAGCCGCAAGGGAAGGAUGGCAAAUGCGGCACUGGGGAAGGUGUAUGCCCCAGAUCCCGAUGACUGGGACAACAAGACAUACACUCUGGAGACAAGCGCAGCCAAAUACUUCAGUCUGAACCAGAGCUCCGGAGUGCUGACUGUCCGCCAGAACACUCCAGCAGGCAGCUACUGGUUGAGGGUCGGGGUGUCUGAUGGGGUGUGGCCCGAUGUGUACUCAGGGGUCAGAGUUCAUGUCAGAGAGCUGGAGGAAAAGGCCAUCCUGUCGUCCGCCUCGCUGCGCUUGACCGGCAUAACAGCGAGAGAUUUUAUCGACUCUCACGUCGAGGGGAAGAGUCGGCUGGAGACGUUCUGGGACUUCCUGUCUGAAACCCUGUCUGUCAGACCGGGGAGCAUCAACAUUUUCAGCAUAGCAGACAGGGAGGAGAAGACUGUGGACAUCCAUUUCUAUGUGCUAACUGAUAAUGGCUACCUGCGCCCAGAGAAGCUGCACGCCGUCCUCAGCGCGCAUAAAAAGAAGCUGCAGUCACUGCUGCGUUUGAAUGUGAGCCAGGUGCAGGUAGACGAGUGUGUGCGCACGGACUGCAAGACAUCCGGCGGCUGCUCCACACAGUUAGGCAUCAGUGACUCGCCCACCCUGGUAGACUCAGGUGCUUUAUCCCUGGUGUCAGUGAAGGUGACAUCCUCGGCUGUGUGUGGCUGUGCUGCCAGGGUAAUGACCCACCAGCCCUGCUCCUCCUAUGCCAGUAACCCCUGCCUUAACGGGGGAACCUGCGUCGACACCCAGAGCGGGUACAGGUGCCACUGCCCCCCGCAGCUUGAAGGGCCAGACUGUCAGCAGACAAGACUGAGUUUCCUUGGCAACGGCUAUGCCUGGUUUCCCCCCAUAAGGCCGUGCUUUGAUAGCCAUCUUUCACUGGAGUUCAUGACAGAGGAAGACGAUGGACUGCUACUGUACGCCGGCCCGUUGGCCACUCUGCUGCCUGGGGAAUCCGAGGACUACAUGGCCAUAGAGCUGAUUGGUGGGACACCUAGUCUGAAAAUUAACCAUGGCUCUGGCACAUUGGUCCUCCAGUUAACAAAUAAUAUCGGGGUGACGGACAGACGCUGGCAUCGCCUUGAUGUGAGGAGCAACAGCAAAGAAGUGCGCUUCACUCUCGAUCGAUGUUCCACUGCGAUUAUCAUGGAGACGGAAGGCGUGGACUCAUGGGCAAUGACAGAGGAUCGCUCCUCCUGUGAAAUCCGAGGGGUCACACCCAACAGGGACAAGUAUCUGAAUGGAAGUCAUGUACUGCAGCUCGGAGGGGUCAAUGAGAACAUUUCCUAUGAAUACCCACAGCUGCAGCACAAACACUAUACUGGAUGUAUAAGAAACCUGCGUGUGGACAGCAAGCUAUAUGACCUUGGUUCCCCAGCUGAAUCCACCAACACUGUGCCAGGCUGCUCUCUUAUUGAUGACCACUGCACCAACAUGGAGCAACCGUCCUCCUGCAGCAAGAGGGGUCGCUGUCACAGCGAGUGGGGCUCCUUCAGCUGCCUGUGUGAACCGGGUUUUACGGGGCUGCAGUGUGAUCAAGUGGCUCCAGAGUUCUCCUUUGACGGCCGGAGCCACGUUCAGUUCCAGCUCUUGUGGUCGCUGCCUGCGCGACAGACGAGGGUCCAGGUCGGGGUUCGGACACGUGCCGCCUCUGGUGUCAUCCUCAGCCUGCUUUCCCAGGAGCAGAAUGAAUACCUACGUUUAGAGGUCAUUCAGGGUCUGCUGGCUGUUUUCUACAACCUCGGAGAUGGAGACUACAACCUGACCCUGCCCUACCAUCACCUCAACAAUGGGGAGUGGCAUGAGGUGGAGCUGGAUCGCUACGGCAGGGAGUUCACCCUGCGACUGGACGGAGGUGGAGGACGACGUGAAGUCACGGCCUCGCCUGGACGAAGUCAAGAGAUCAUCAUUGACCCCUCUGCAGUGAUGCUCGGGAACUCGUUUCCCUCGGGACACAACCGGAGCUUCCUCGGCUGUUUGCGAGAUGUGAGGUUUAACGGGCGCUCCAUCCCUCUGGGUCGGGAGCAGCCCUCAGAGGGGCUUCAGGUGGUCACUUCGCAGGGCGUCUCAGUCGGCUGCUCUUCAGAAGCCUGCAGGAAACAUCACUGCUCCCCUCCCUUGGUCUGCGUGGACCUCUGGAGACAUCACGAGUGCAGAUGUCCUCCUGGCCACAUGACCAAAGAGAGCUCCUUGGGCAAAGUGUGUGUUUACACACUGUGCGCCAGCCGGCCGUGCCGCCAUGGCACCUGUGUGGCUCACUCUCCGUCCCGCUACUCUUGCCGCUGCAGCGAGGGCUACCGGGGACGCCACUGCGAGGUGUCGCUUGCCAUGUUCCACGAGGACAGCAACAGCCUCAGCCUCAGCUCUAUGUUCGCCAUCAGCAUCUGUGUCAUGGCCUUUCUAGUGUUGAUGCUGGGCCUGUUCCUCUACUCCUGCUGGAGGAGACACAAGGGCCUGAAGGAGGGCGUGUACCAUGUGUCCGCGCACCACGGCGAGUGGGAGGACAUCCGAGAAAAUGUGCUCAACUACGACGAGGAGGGCGGAGGGGAGCAGGACCAGAAUGCCUUUAACAUGGUGGAGCUGCAGCGUUCCCUCCAGCCCAGCCCGGCACAGUCCCUGCGGUACAGCUACCCACAAAGCAUCAUCUCCUACCCGCAGACCAAGCUUCCCCAGGACAACAACAAGAAAGGGGUGUCUAAUGGGAAUGGCAACGCAGCUAUAGCCCUGCGUCUGGCCAUCCCCCCGUCAGAAACAGAAACCCUGCCGUCCCCUCUGACCUUCCGCCGCUCCCAGAAAACCCUCUCCUUCUCCAGCCAGGACUUGGCCCGCUACCUGUGUGAGGUCAUCAGGGACAUGGAGCACCCGGGGGAGCUCGGCACCAUGACCACACCGCGCCGUCCCUCCGGGAAGGAGCGCGGCCUGGCGGCGGUGCGCUCCCUCAGCUCCCUCAGUGCAUCUCAGGGUUCAGAGGUCAGGCUUCAGGCGGCUCAGAGCACCCGGCUGGACAGGUUCAAAACCCUCCGAGCCGUGGUAAGCGAUUUGAGAGGAGACUCGAAAACUCCAGAGGGCCAGAAAGACAAACUGAAGGAGAGCAGAGGGCAGCUGAACUGUGAGAAGAGCGGGUGAGGCUGCACUCGGAGAAACAGAACUGAAGGUUGCAGAAAAAGCAACACUAAUCAGAAGGCGUUGGUGGAAUUCCAAAGGGAGAUAAUUAAAUGUGAAAUACUCUGAGGCUGGGAGGUUGCCCAGGGUCUAUGUGAAGUCUGCUAUAAAUGUACUGUAUUGAUGAAACUUUGAACAUUUAAGUUCUUUGAUAUAAAAGAUGUUUACCAAUGAAUGAUCAGAUGUGAUGUAUUGUUUACUUGGCAUUGCACUGUACAGUAUUUACUCCACAGAAAGCACUUUUCGGAAGCGCCCUGUGUCAAAGCUA